AUGCCGGUCUUACCGCCCGACCAACUGCGUUACCUUCUUGCGUUUCUCAUCGAACUUCCGUUGUGUUACAUCUAUCGCUUCCUUCCUCCCAAUGAGAACUUGAAACACUUUGUAUAUGGGUUAACGGGUGUUUUCCUCUUAUUUUAUGUCUACGAAGAACAGAUGCUCAUCACACUUAUCCCGGCGUGUAUCACAUUCUUCGUCAUGCGAACAAAUCAAUCCAUUAAACUCGCGAUCGCGCUCUUCCUCUCGAACAUGGCCUUUUUAACGACGCUCCAGAUAUACAAAUAUUACACGUCAUAUCUCCAGUGGAAAUUGGAUAUUGCAACGCUACAAAUGAUCGUCGUCAUCAAACUCUCGAGUUUUGCUUUUAAUGUUGCGAAGGGGCAUAACCCCUCCAUCACCACGAAGAGUGUCUAUAACACUAACAACAACAUUACACCAAAGGAAUUCCCAACGCUCUUACAAUUCUUCGGAUAUUUCUACUUCUUCCCUGCUUGUUUCAGUGGGCCAUGUCUCGAGUACAAGACUUAUUCCAAAUUCGUCUCUUUAGAUCUCUUCAAGUGUUCUGAUAAUGACUCGAAAGAGUCUUCUAUAGAGAUCACCAACAAUCAAUACAAAGACACACAAAGUCCAAAGUUACUUCCAAUCGAUUGGUCUGCCGCAUUCAUUGUGACGUGUCAAAUCAUCGUGUUAGCAGGUCUGACUAUUAUUGCGUUGAUCUUACCAUUGAAACAAAAGUUUUACGAAAUAGUCAUUGACAAAAAACAACACGUCGGGUUUCUCGGGCGGAUGGUCGUUACGCAGAUCUUUAUGUACUCCACCGUCUUUCGAUAUUUUGCGUCGUGGAAACUGGCGGAGUUGUCGGGAGUGGUGAUGGGAUUUGGGUUUUCUGGAUAUCAAAACGGUGUUGCAACUUGGGAGAAUUACGAAAAUGUCAAGUUGAAAACAUUUUGUUUGUCUCGGUCGUGCAAAGAGGUGAUUGGGGGGUGGAAUUGUUAUGUCCAGUCCUUCUUUAAAAAUCAUGUGUACGAAGCUUUUAAAGCACUGUCCGGCUUAACUGAUAGGUACAAACAAACGUUGACGAAUUUAACAAGCGCUUUAUGGCAUGGAGUCUAUCCCGGAUAUUAUUUGGCAUUUGGGAUGUUAGCCCUUCAUAAUACGGUAUCUGCCAAAUUUUCAUAUCAAGUGGAGCCUUUUAUUAUAAAGAAAUACGGAGAGACAUCAAUCCUCUAUAAGAUGUAUUUGGUGAUCACUUUUCUAUAUACGAGAGUCGCAAUCACUUAUUCGUUUGUACCGUUCAUGAUCUACACGUUCGAAGACUCUUGGAAAUUCUUUGUUAGUACUUACUUCUUCAUUGAUGUCAUCGCCGUGUUGGCGCUUCUUCUUAUUAAACUAUUUUUUACUAAAGAAAUAGAUGCGAGUAAAAAAGAAGAAAAUUCGAAUUUGGCGAGUGAAAACAGAGAGAAACUUGAUUGA